GUCCCACUUUGGUCUGCACAGCCGCGCGAUCCCUCGACGUUGAAGCAGAUCUGCCGGAGCCUAUGCCUGCACCACUUGAAGUGUUUUACCGAUUUUCCGCUGAGUUUCCGAAGCUAUUAGAACUCGUGAGAGGCACCUGCUUGUACCCCCGCCUGUCUCGAUCACGUGCCGAUAUGCCAUUCACGUGCCGACAGCCCACUCCCAUGUUCUCCGCGCGCUUGGCAGUGGUCAGCGGACUGAAGCCAGACACAGCUGGGCCACCAGCGAAACACCGGCCAUCCUUGGCGUUGCCUUGCUGUCUCUCGUAUCCCGACAUUGUACCGCUGGUGCCGAUAGAUCCUUCAUCGUCCCGUGCACAACACCUGCGCUCACUUACCGAUGUAUCUCCUUGUCGGACACUUUGGCCAUGGUAUAAAGGCUGGUGCUCUCUGAAUGUUGGAGGCCAGACUCGGAACGCGAUCUUCAGAAACACUCGCCAUGUUUCCAUUCAAAUCCUUGACUUCUCUCUGCCUGCUCGCUGCGGCGCUCUCGGCCUCGGCCCAACAAGCUGGAACCUUGCAAGCGGAGAACCACCCGACCCUCCCGUCGCAAAAAUGCACUGCUGGAGGCAGCUGUUCGACUGUGCAGACCUCUGUCGUGCUCGACUCCAACUGGCGCUGGCUGCACUCGGUUAACGGAAGCACCAACUGCUACACCGGAAACACCUGGAACACGGCCCUGUGCCCCGACCCCGCGACUUGCACCGCCAACUGUGCUCUGGAUGGUGCUGAUUAUUCUGGAACGUACGGUAUCUCGACUUCGGGCAACGCGCUUACUCUCAAGUUUGUCACUGGCGCCAACAUCGGCUCCCGAGUGUACCUGAUGGCCAACGCCACGUCGUACCAGCCCCUGAAGCUGCUGAACCAGGAGUUCUCGUUCGAUGUUGACAUGAGCAACCUCGGAUGUGGGCUCAACGGCGCGCUCUACCUGACUGAGAUGCCGAUGGAUGGUGGAAUUUCUGCUACAAACAAGGCUGGUGCCAAGUACGGAACGGGAUACUGCGACAGCCAGUGCCCUCACGAUCUCAAGUUCAUAAACGGAAAGGCCAACAUCGUUGGAUGGGCUGGUUCUCCGAACGACACCAAUUCGGGAACUGGGUCGAUUGGAACUUGCUGCAACGAGAUGGACAUCUGGGAAGCCAACAAGAACGCGGCCGCCUACACUCCUCACGUCUGCUCUAAAGCCGGCCUGUACGCCUGCAGCAGUGCAACCGAGUGCGGUGACGGCAGCAACCGUUACGCGAGCGGCAGUAUCUGCGACAAGGACGGUUGCGACUUUAACUCGUACCGCAUGGGCGACCAGACUUUCCUCGGCCCGGGCAAGACCGUCGACACCAACUCCAAGUUCACUAUCGUGACCCAGUUCGUCGCGCCGAGCGGAACUUUGACUGAGAUCAAGCGGCUGUACGUCCAGAACGGCAAGGUGAUCCAGAACUCGAACACCAAGAUCGCCGGGAUCACGCCGGCAGUCAACUCGAUCACCGACUCGUUCUGCAACGCCCAAAAGACGGCCUUUGGCGACACCAACUCGUUCGAGAGCCGCGGUGGCUUGAAGGCGAUGGGUGCUGCCCUGCAGCGUGGAAUGGUCCUUGCGCUCAGUCUCUGGGACGACCACGCCGCUGGCAUGUACUGGCUCGACUCGUCUUACCCUACGGCCAGCAACCCCUCGACUCCUGGUGUUCUCCGCGGCCCGUGCAGCACCACCAGUGGCGAUCCGAAGACCGUCGAGGCUUCCCAGGGAAGCAACUCCGUCGUCUUCUCCAACAUCAAGUGGGGUGACAUCGGCUCGACCUUCGGUGGCUCCAGCACCAGUCCCAGCGGACCCGGCUCGACGACCACGGCUCCUUCCAGCCCGACUGGCGGAUCUAUUGCCCAGUACCAACAAUGUGGAGGCUCUACCUUCACUGGCUCUGGAAGCUGUGUCUCUGGCACCACCUGCACUGUCAUCAACCCCUUCUACUGGCAAUGUCUGUGAUUCUGCUGAAUAGUCCGCAUAAAUCCACUAUACACACGUCAAUGUAAUCUACUCGCGCUCUUCAAAUCGAGUCGUACUUUAUCCACAGUCACGGGACCGCGUCUUG